GGAGCCCAAACCCAAAGAUGUCUCCUACAUACUUGCUAGUGGUGUUGCUUGGCCUGGUGGUUCUCACCGCCCCCUCACUUGCUGAUUACUCUAAGCAUCCCCCAUUCGAGAAGCCACCACCAGAGCAUAAGCCUCCGGUGGAGAAGCCACCACCAGAGCAUAAGCCUCCGGUGGAGAAGCCACCUCCUGAACACAAGCCUCCGGUGGAGAAGCCACCUCCUGAACACAAGCCUCCAGUGGAGAAGCCACCUCCUGAACACAAACCAACCCCAUUGGAAAAACCUCCCAAGGGGGAGAAGCCACUCCCAGAACACAAGCCACCAACCCCAGUUGGCAAACCACCUAAGGGAGAGAAGCCACCACAUUAUGGUCACAACCCUGGUCACCCUCCUGCAGAGAAUGCUGAAGACUCAUACAAGCCACCAACCCCAGUUGGCAAACCACCUAAGGGAGAGAAGCCACCACAUUAUGGUCACAACCCUGGCCACCCUCCAGCUGAGAAUGCUGAAGACUCAUACAAGCCACCUCGGAAGAUUAAGCCUCCUUCAACUCCAGCAGAGAAGCAACCAGGUCCUGGAAAGAAGCUGCCAACUCCUCCGCACAAGCCACCCCACAAACCUCCUACUCCCACCCAUCCCAACUGAGUGACUUUGAUCAGUAUGAGUAGUAGUAUGUAAAAUAAGAGCUGCUAUGCACCCGUAAUUUCCUUUCUUGUGACUCAUAUGCAGUGUUCUAUAUAUAUAGAUCUGUCACUUCUAUGUCCUAUUCUGGAAUUUUGACGUAAGUUGCUCAUAGUAAGUGUUUGUCCCAUGCUUAUAGCUGAUGAGCAUUGAGACAUACGUACGCUGUUAAUGCUAUUUAUAUCGAUAAUAUUUUGUGCUA